CCUCAUUAACUAGUCAACAAACAUUUCUAACCAAGAAUCCUAUAGAAAGAAAAAAAAGAAAGAAAGCUAUGAAAAACAGAAAAAGAAAAAGUUGUAAUAAACAAAAGAAAAGUUAAAUUGUUCCCAUCAUAGAUCCCGUUUUCCUUGUCUUUCUCUUGCUUUCCAUCUAAGCCUCUUACCUCUUUCUCACGUUUUCUUUUCCUUUCAACCCUUCUUACAAGUUUCUCUUUGUCUCUUCAUUCAUCUUUCAUCACCAAUAUUUCCCUUUAUCUUUCUUUCACCUAUGCUUCUAAUCAUUCUUUUGACAUGAAACUUCUUCUCUAAUAGUAUAUAACUCUUGUUUCUAUUCAUCUACGAUGAGAUUUCCGUGGUUCGGAACCUGUUAACCUAGUGUCUCCAUGGCCCGUCCCGAUUAUCCAACAACAUGGAUUCCUAACCUAAACAGCAAGGACUGUUCACAAGGCUUUUGUAGCAUGUACUGUCCACAAUGGUGCUACAUAAUUUACCCUCCUCCACCACCACCAACGUUUCAAUACCCUGAUGAUGAUUCAAAACCGUAUUUUUCACCUCUUGUUAUUGCUAUCAUGGGAAUUUUAGCCACGGCUUUUCUGUUACUAACUUACUAUACUCUAAUUUCCAAAUACUGUGGCCACAGAGAAACCUCAAGAAGAAAUAGCACUGACCCGGUUGAGGAAUUCACGCAAAAUCGACGCGAAAACUGUCAGGUUUCGACUUUUGGCUUAGAUGAUGUUCAAAUCAAGUCCAUUGCAGUCUUGAAAUACAAAAAAGGCGACACUUUUUUUGCUGUCACUGAUUGUUCCGUUUGUCUAAGUGAGUUUCAAGAUGGUGAGAGCGUUAGGCUUUUACCAAUGUGUAACCAUGUGUUUCAUCUUCCUUGUAUCGACACAUGGCUCAAAUCGAACUCUUCUUGUCCUCUAUGUCGCGCUAACAUAUUCACUUUGAAUGCUUCAACACUCCAUGUUUCAGUUCAAGUUCCUGCUACGGUUAUUGAAUUUCCUUCAAGAAAUGAAACUUUUUCGGAAGAUGAACAAAUAGUUGUGGAAGAAACAAGGAUGUAUCAUCAUAGUAGAGUUGAUUCGAAGGCGCUUUCGUUGCGCGCUUUUAGUGAUCUAUGUAAUUUGCAAGGUGGAAGAGAAAGAAUAGUUGAAGUUAGAGAUGAAGUGUGUAGGUCAGUUUCCAUGGAUCAUUCACUUCAAAAUGGUUUUUCAAUUGGUGAUGUGUUGAAUAUGAAUGAAGAUGAAGAUUUUUGUGAAGAAGGAUGUUCAAUGGAUUCAUCAAAGAGAUUAAGAGGAGAAAGUAGUAAGUCAAGGUACAAAAGAAAGGUGUUGCAUUGUGUUAAGAGUCCAAUUGCAAUGAAAAGAUCAUUUUCUAGUGGAACAUUUUCACUUGGUAAAAUAGAUAGAGGAAGAAAGCAUGAAAUUUUCCAUGUUUGAAAAUUUAUGUUACAUGUUUUUUUUUUAAUCUUUUCAUGUUAUUAUUCAUAUGAGAUCAUGGAUACAUUUUUUUUGUGUCAUAAAUGUCACUAAUUUAUUGCUAGGGGUCUAUUUCUUAUCUUCUUAUUUUGUAUUUUGCAAUUUGGUGAGAAGGUUACUUAUUGCUAGAGAGAUCAUAAAGUAAUAUAGUGUUUUUUUUUUAAUUUAUUUUGUAAGUUGUAAUAAAUAAAUUUUGCUGGUGUAUAUAGUGAUUUGAAAAAUGGGUAUUUUUUUUGUAUUAUUUUGGAUUGGUUUUGAAAUAAAAAAUUAUUUGAUUCA